CUCACACACAGCGCUGUCCCACCGCUGCCUCUUGCGCUCUCUCUCUCUCUCUGUCUCUCUCUCCCUCUCUUUCUCUCUCUCUCUCGUGCUUCGCAUAUCCCUCUCUUAGCCCCCCUCACCUCUCUUUCCCCCCUGUCACCCUCCUCUCCCCCCUCCGUCUCCCUGCCUCUCCUUCUCGUUUUCAUCCACUCUCAGAUACAAGCACAGAACUGAAACACCUGGCCCAGCUGGGAGGUCCGCUGCUGUCAGGAGGGGCGUGUUUCGGGAGAGCUGGCUCUGAAGGUUCCCCGCAUUUCUUUUAGGGGAGACAGCGACUCUGUUCUCCCCUCCCCUCCCCGCUCUUCUCCUGUCCUAUCCUCUGAAUGGUGGAAUGCUAAACCUGGACUAAUGGAUGUUUCAGAACUUUGCACGCCGGAAUCUCGCAACUACCAGAACCAGCAGCUCGGUAGGAUGGCUGCCGACGACCACCGUAUGCCCCCCGGCUGCGGGUCCUACAUCAAGACCGAGCCGUCCAGCCCCGCCUCGGCCGAUACCGCCAGCCACCACAGCCCCGGCGGCAACUCCGACACCAGCGGUGGCUACGGGAGCACCCUCAACGGCCACUCCAACGGCCUGGACUCCCCGCCCAUGUUCGCCGCGGGCGGGCCGGCGGGUGUGCCCUGCCGCAAGCCCUACGACGACUGCUCCGCCACCUACGGGGAAGACCCGCACGUCAAGUGCGAGUACAUGCUGAGCUCCAUCCCCAAGAGGCUGUGCCUGGUCUGCGGAGACAUCGCGUCCGGCUACCACUACGGCGUGGCCUCCUGUGAAGCCUGCAAAGCCUUCUUCAAAAGGACGAUACAAGGCAGCAUAGAGUACAGCUGUCCGGCCACGAGUGAGUGCGAGAUCACCAAACGGCGACGCAAGUCCUGCCAAGCCUGCCGCUUCACCAAGUGUCUGAAAGUGGGGAUGCUGAAAGAAGGGGUGCGUCUAGACCGAGUGCGGGGUGGCAGGCAGAAGUACAAGAGGAGGAUGGACACGGAGAGCAGCACCUACCUUGCCCUCACUCUCCCCCCUCCUCCCAAAAAACCACUGACUAAGAUUGUGUCCCACCUUCUGGUGGCAGAGCCAGAGAAGAUCUACGCCAUGCCAGACCCCUCUCUGCCCGAGGGGGACAUCAAGGCCCUGACUACUCUGUGUGACCUGGCCGACCGCGAGCUGGUGGUCAUCAUUGGCUGGGCAAAGCACAUCCCAGGAUUCUCCAGCCUGUCGCUAGGAGACCAGAUGAGCCUGCUGCAGAGCGCGUGGAUGGAGAUCCUGAUCCUGAGCGUGGUGUUCCGCUCUCUGCCCUACGAGGACGAGCUGGUCUACGCCGAGGACUACGUCAUGGACGAGGGCCACUCGCGCCUCACCGGGCUGCUGGACCUCUACGGCUCCAUCCUGCAUCUGGUGCGCAGGUACAAGAAGCUCAAGGUGGAGAAGGAGGAGUUUGUCACGCUCAAAGCCAUCGCCCUCACCAACUCGGAUUCCAUGCACAUCGAAGAUGUGGAGGCCGUUCAGAAGCUCCAGGACUCCCUCCACGAGGCGCUGCAGGAGUACGAGGUCGGCGAGCACCACGAGGACCCGCAGAGAGCGGGCAAGCUGCUCAUGACCCUUCCGCUGCUCCGACAGACGGCUGCCAAGGCAGUGCAGCACUUCUACAGCAUUAAGGUCCAGGGCAAGGUGCCCAUGCACAAACUCUUCCUGGAGAUGCUGGAGGCUAAGGUCUGACACGGAGCCCAGUCCAGCCUAGCCAAUCCACUGGCGGAAGGGGCACGGGGAUUGGGAGGCGACCCUGCGGGCACGACGGGAGCGAACUAGAUCUCCGC